AUGGCGACCACGGCCACGACCACGUCCACGACCGCGUCCGCGACCACGUCCACGGCCAUGCCCGUGCCCGCGCCCUCCACCAUGCUCAACAGCAAAGGCACCCUGUUUAGGUUCGGCGCGGGCACCAGCAGGCGUGAGUUUGUGCAGGUUAGCAGUCACCACCUCAAAGAACUUGCCCAAAUCCCAAGACGGUUGAUACAGGUUUGCAAUCACGUCCCUGAGUUUCGAAGGCAGGCCAUCAACCAGCUGGGCGAUGACAAGGGUUGCCGAGUAGGCGCCCUCAAUACGAAGGGUAUCGACGGCGGCAGUGAUGGAGGAGCGGUAGACAGGAAAGUCGUCGGCCAUGCCGUGCGCGAGACGGCCAACACGGGCAUGACGGUCUUGGGAACGCCGAUUGGCCGUCGCGAGUGGAUGAAGAAGCAGCUGAACGACAAGGCAAAGCACAUCUCUGGCAAGCUCAAUGACAUGCUGACGACCGGUGUCUCGCUUCAGGCCCUCCUCACGGCCAUGCAGUACGUGCCUAGCCUCAUCAACCACCUCUACACGCUGCCCCCAAGUCUCACGUCGGGCUUGUCCGAGCUCUUGAACCGUGCUUGCAAGGACACCUUUGUCAAAGCCUUUUUUGCCAAGGUAAACCUGUCUGCACCGGCUGGAGCUGAAGGUCAUGACGUUACGCUGGAACAGCUCCUUGAGGCUCGCCUCUUCACGCGGGCCAACACCGGGGGCUUUGGCCUGCACGACUUGGUUGAGCGCGGUCCGGUGGCUUAUGUCUGCAACAUGGCCAAGCUGGCCACUCGCUACCCUCGGGUCUACGAUCGACUUUUGGAGGAUGCAUCGAGGGCUGCCGACUUUGAGGCCCACGUGCAGCGAGCUGGCUUCCAGAUGGCCACGGUCAAGGACGCGGCGACCCAGCGACCAGCGGAGAUCAUUGCCCUCCGCUCCAAGGCCGCACUGGACGACCUGAUGGCCAAGUGCGCGCUGGACCUGCAGCAGGCAUAUCUGGCCUCCCGCGAGUGGGGCGUCAGCACUGUCUUGACCAUGCGGGGUCGAGACAAGUUGCGUCGCUUGAGCGACACGACCUUUGCCAUUGCGGUCGUGUCCAUGAUGGGUUUUGGCCUCCAUGAACUCAUCAACGUCAAGCCGACGGACAAGUGCCCGCUCUGCAGCAGCAAGACACCUCAGCCGCGACUGACCCGCGAGCACCUGUUGACCUGCCGUCCCAUCAAGCGUCACAACGCCCUUCGCGACGAGAUGGGCCGCCUGCUCAGCUCUGCCCGACCUGGCAUUGACGUGACUGUGCGCACAGCCCAACCCCUGACCACCUCGCAAGCCUGCAUCAAGGUGGGCGCUGCCCUUCGCCGAGCCGAAAAGGAGAAGCGCGACUACUACACCGGUUUCAACCAUGGAAAAACUCUGAUCGUCCCUGCGGCGAUGACGACAACCGGUGGGUUCGCCUCCUCCUUUGUGGAUCUGCUUGGUCAGCUUGCCCGCUGCGCCGAGGCCCGUGGUGUGUACCAGCCGGGGCUGGAUGAGGCCUUUGUUCCCCGGUGGAAGGGUCGCUUUGCGGCGCUGGUCCAUCAGAUGAACGCUGACCACAUCCAGCGCCACUUUGGCGGUGUCUGCCUGCGCUCGUCGUAG